AUGUGCAGAAGCCGCGCCGGAGUCGACGUGACGGGUGGCGGUGGUGCCAGCGCCUCGGACAACGGCCGAGAGCUGCUCCCGACAAAUGUCGUGCCUCGGCACUACCACGUCACCCUCGAGCCCGACUUUCACACGUCCUCCUUUGACGGCUCCGUCGUCAUCGACCUCGACGUCGCCCAGGACUCGUCCUGCAUCUCCCUCAACACCCUCGAGCUCGACAUCCACAGCGCCUCUGUCUCUUGCAACGGAAAGGCCCUCAGCUCCGCCCCCCGCAUCUCCCGCGACGACGCGACGCAGGUAUCCAAGUUUGACUUUGAUGGCUCCCUCGCAAAGGGCUCCAAGGCCCAGCUCAGAAUCAAGUUCACGGGCCACCUAAACAACGUCAUGGCCGGCUUCUAUCGCUCCACCUACAAGAAGGACGAUGGCUCCACGGGCAUCCUCGCCACCUCCCAGAUGGAGCCCACCGACGCCCGCCGCGCCUUUCCCUGCUUCGACGAGCCCGUACUCAAGGCAAAGUUCACCGUGACCCUCGUCGCCGACAAGAACCUGACGUGUCUGAGCAACAUGGACGUUGCCUCCGAGUCCGAGGUCCGCUCCGUCAAGACUGGCGCUGUCAAAAAGGCCGUCCACUUCAACACGUCGCCCCUGAUGUCCACCUAUCUCGUCGCCUUCAUCGUCGGCGAGCUCAACUACAUCGAGUCCCGUGACUUUCGCGUCCCCGUCCGCGUCUACGCCCCACCCGGCCAGAACAUUGAGCACGGCCGCUACGCCCUCGACUUGGCCGUUAAGACCCUCGGGUUUUACGAAAAGCUCUUUGGCAUCGAUUUCCCCCUUCCCAAGAUGGAUCAGGUCGCCAUCCCGGACUUUGCCCAGGGUGCCAUGGAGAACUGGGGCCUCGUCACCUACCGAGUCGUCGGCCUGCUCCUCGACGAAAAGUCCAGCAGCGCCACCGCAAAGGAGCGCGUGGCCGAAGUGGUGCAGCACGAGCUUUCCCACCAAUGGUUUGGCAACGCGGUCACGAUGGACUGGUGGGAGGGCCUUUGGCUUAAUGAAGGCUUCGCAACAUGGGUCUCGUGGUACUCUUGCAACGCCUUCUACCCCAAGUGGCAUGUCUGGCAGACAUACGUCAUCGACAACUUGCAGUCGGCCCUGGCGCUCGACUCUCUGCGAAGCAGCCACCCCAUCGAGGUACCCGUCAAUCGAGCCGACGAGAUCAACCAAAUCUUUGACGCCAUUUCCUACUCCAAGGGCUCGUGCGUCUUGCGCAUGAUCUCCACCUAUCUCGGCGAGGACACAUUUUUGGAGGGCGUGCGACACUAUCUCAAGAAGCACGCCUACGGCAACACCCAGACGGGAGACUUGUGGGCGUCGCUGAGCGCCGCCAGUGGCAAGCCGGUGCAGGACAUCAUGGCGACCUGGACCAAAAAGGUUGGCUACCCGGUCCUCACCGUGACCGAGGACGAAAAGGCCGGCACCAUCCACGUGAAGCAGAACCGCUUCCUCAGGACGGGCGACACCAAGCCGGAGGAGGACCAGGUUCUUUACCCCGUUUUCUUGAACGUGCGCACCAAGGACGGCGUCGACAAGUCUCUGACGCUCUAUGAGCGCGAAAGGGACUUCAAGGUGUCCGACACCGACUUCUUCAAGCUGAAUGCGAACCACACUGGCAUCUAUCGGACCUCGUACACGCCCGCUCGCCUCGAGAAGCUGGGCAAGGCCGCCAGGGACGGGCUUUUGACGGUCGAGGACAAGGCCGGCAUGAUUGCCGACGCUGGCGCACUGGCCACGUCCGGGUACCAGAAGACAUCGGGCGUUUUGAGCCUGCUUAAGGGCUUCGACUCGGAAGUAGAAUACGUCGUGUGGAACGAGAUCAUUGGCCGGCUGUCGGCCAUCCUGAGCGCCUGGAUGUUUGAGGACAAGGCCGCCCGGGAUGGCCUCGAGGCCUUUCUCAGGGACCUGGUCAGCUCCAAGGCACACAAGAUGGGCUGGCAGUUUUCCGACGGCGACGGCCACGUGGAGCAGCAGUUCAAGGCCAUGAUGUUUGAGACGGCGGGCAUCUGCGGCGACGAAGCCGUCAUUGCGGCUGCCCGGAACAUGUUUUCCAAAUUCAUGGGCGGAGACAAGGCGGCCAUCCACCCCAACAUCAGGAAGAGCGUCUUCGGCAUCUGCCUCAAGUAUGGCGACAAGGAGGAGUAUCAAAAUGUCCUCGACCUCUACUGCUCGUCGUCGAACAGCGAGGAGCGCAACACUUGCCUCCUCUCCCUCGGCCGGGCCAAGGACCCCGAGCUGACGAAGCGGACGCUGGGCCUUCUCUUUGGAGACGAGGUCAAGGACCAGGAUGUGUACAUGCCCGUGAGUGGGCUGCGCUCGCACCCCGGGGGCAUCGAGGCCAUGUUCGGCUGGAUGACGAGCAAUUGGGAGACCGUGUACGAGCGAUUACCUCCCGGUCUGCCCAUGCUGGGCAGCAUGGUGAUGAUCAUGACGUCGGGCUUCACUACGCAGGAGCAGCUCUCGCAGGUGGACAAGUUUUUCGCCGCCAAGAACAACAAGGGCUACGACCAGUCGCUGGAGCAGAGCAAGGAUGCCAUCCGGUCUAAGGUGUCGUGGGUGGAACGUGAUCGCGAGGACGUGUCGGCGUGGCUCAAGGCCAAUGGCUAUUUGCAAUGA